AGAGAGAGAGAGAGAGAGAGAGAGGUUCAUCUCCUUUCUGUCCUUGUAUUGAGUUUCUUUCUUGGUGAACAGAUCUUUGGGUCCUCCAGCAUCUCUCUUCUUCCUCAUUUUUAGAGGUCUGCUAUCAUCAAGCUUGACACCGGAGCAGCUGUUCUUCGACUUCUCCUUGCCUGCUCACAUCUUUGUUGUCUUCUCAUCUGGUCAUUCCUGGGUAAGAAAAUGGCUCCAAAUGAAGUGAACCUCAGAGGUGCCGACAUGGGUUUCUUCCCUCCGGUGGCGUCUCCAUUUCCUGCGGUUGCAGGUGGGGAUGACAAGAGCAACAGCCAAGGCGGGGAGGAAGAAGGCGGUGAUGGUAGUCCUCAUGGGAACGAACAGCAGCACAGGCUAUGUGCCAGGGGCCAUUGGAGGCCAGCUGAGGACGCAAAGCUCAAGGAGCUCGUCUCCCAGUUUGGCCCCCAGAACUGGAACCUGAUUGCUGAGAAGCUAGAAGGCAGAUCAGGGAAGAGCUGCCGGCUGAGAUGGUUCAACCAGCUCGACCCAAAGAUCAACAGGAACGCGUUCAGCGAGGUGGAAGAGGAGAGGCUUCUCGCUGCCCACAGGCUUUACGGCAACAAGUGGGCACUGAUCGCCAGGCUCUUCCCGGGCAGGACAGACAACGCAGUCAAGAACCACUGGCAUGUGAUCAUGGCCAGGAAGCAGAGGGAGCAGUCCAACGCUUACCGGAGAUUAAGAAGGCCAUCUGUUUCCCCCUCCUGCGCUCUCCUUCCUCAACCUCUCCCCAACAACAACAACAACAACAACAACGCGUGCAGUGGCGAGUCGACCAUCACCAGCACCAGAGAUGAGUCUGCUUCCACUGGCGCAGACCUUUCUCUCAGUUCCUUCACCAGCAGGAUUGUUCCUAGCGUCCCUGAUGGACACAUCCCCUCUCAAAUACUACUCAAUGGGAAAAGAUGUGUCGGGAGGUUUGGUGACUCCGGUGGUGGCUUCUCCCCUCGUGUUCCUAGGAUGUUGCUUCCUGGGGUUGUUGAUGAGCCUGGUUGCACCGGUUCAGCUUCUGAGGAGGUUUCAGUGGCCUACCACAUGAGCAAUGACCUGCCUCGUGGUGAAACAACACAUGGGAGUGGAUUGACCUUCAUUGAUUUCCUAGGUGUUGGAGCAACAUAAGAAAGAUAGGGCUCCAUCCUCCUAAUGAACAAGGGAGAAGAGAGGUCAGAAAGAGAGAGAGAGAGAGAGAGAGAGAGAGAGGUGAAGGUGAUGAGAUGAGGGGUUUCUGUUCAUUGAAACAGCAGCUUUCCUUUGUUACCGAAGAACUUAGAUCCUGUGUUGUCCGCCCUCCUCCAACAUUUUUUGUCAACUAAAGUCGUGAGCUUAGUUUCAAUUUGCAGGUCCAACCAACAGAGACGAUGCUCUCAUCCGACUGACCAUAUGACUACAAUGAACCUUCUUAUUUCUUGUGA